AGCUUUCUCAAGUGUGCACCAAUCAGGAGGAAGAAUAAUGUCACGUGUACCUGGAACAGGAAGCCGCUCUUCAGCACGUGUCUGAGUACAGCCAGAGUGAUACUCCAUAGGCUGUUAGAGCGGUCACGUGAUCAGGAUGCUGCGUCAGCCAUGUGUACGCCUGUCUACUACGGCAACAGUGGAUUUUUUUUCAGGUGAUCUGGAAGAAGCUUUUAAAGGGAGGCCAUGCAGUGGGUCAGCUGCCAGUGUGACAUCCCACUACCCAGGUGUAGUAGAGUCCCAUGAAGAGUUUCAUUUUGUGGAACGUCUCAUUCCACCCACUCAAGUGCCCAAACCACUGAAGCAUACAGGAGUAGCCCCAUCUGGAUGGAUCCCUCCUAAAGACACCCUGCCAGAUCUUCCUUAUAUUGUGAGACGCUCCCGGAUGCAUAAUAUUCCAGUGUACAAAGACAUUACUCAUGGUAAUCGGCACAUGACAAUUAUACGGAAGAUUGAAGGUGACAUAUGGGCCCUGGAAGCAGAAGUACGGGAAUUCCUGACCAAUCUAACAGGAAAGACACCAGCAACUCAGGUUAAUGAGAUCAACAACUCAAUCCGGAUUAAAGGCUACCAUGAUAAGGAACUACAGACAUGGUUGGCUGAAAAGGGUUUUUGACACCGCCACCGAUGUUCUCAGUGUAGAAUAAGAGACUUUGAUCACAACCCUACACGAUAAACUGUUGUAUUCCAAAAU